AAUACCAGAUAUUUCUUAACCUCAUCUCCCUAAGAUGUUUCUUAACCUAAUACCAUUACUUCUACAUUCUCUUGGACCAAUGGUGAUACAGGGAACUACUCAAGGAUGUGAAGGGUUGGAGGCUAGGAAGGUUGAAGAAAACUUGGAUUUCAGGUUAGGAUAGGAGACAAAAAUCCAUAACCUAGGUGUGAGCAGGUUUGUUGAGUGGCAUUUGCCACAGGUGUGUGGAGCCAUCUCCCAGGAGCCAGUGGCUGCAAUUCCGCCCCAGUUGGUCCGAAUUGCUGGGCUGUUGCCAUCUCUGCUUAGGUUGGUGGACACACUCAAGUGCCAACCUGGCUGCAGGUUGGCACAACCUGCAGGCCAUUUCCAGGAACUUUUGCCGCAGGUGUCAAAGACUGCCCCGCAAAGAUGCUGAGACAGAUACUGGCGGAGAUGUACAUCGAUCCGGACCUCUUGGCGGAGCUCAGCGAGGAGCAGAAACAGAUCCUGUUCUUCAAGAUGAGGGAGGAGCAGAUCCGACGAUGGAAAGAAAGAGAAGCAGCCAUGGAAAGAAAGGAGUCCUUGCCAGUGAAAUCCAGACCAAAGAAAGAGAAUUGCAAAUCUGUGCACUGGAGACUGGGCGCUGAUAAGGAGGUGUGGGUGUGGGUGAUGGGCGAACACCAUCUGGAUAAACCCUACGAGCUGCUCUGCAGCGAGAUUACUGCGGAGAGGGCGAGGCUGAGAGCCCAGCAGGACGCAGAGGGGCCCAGAAAAACUCAGUCUGAAGAAGUCAGCAAUAGCGUGAAAACACAAUCACAGUAUCCUGGUCUGCAAGCACUAGAUAAGUCAGAGACUCAGAACAUCUCUAAGAAAGCAGGAGGAGGGGAAUCCGGACAAGGAAUUAGACCAGUACCGACCCUGGGAGAAGAAAAAGCUCAAUCAACCACCAGUUCUUCAAGAAAUAUUCAACAAAUGUUGGCAGAUUCUAUCAAUCGUAUGAAGGCAUAUGGAUUUCAUCAGAAGAAAGAACCCUUGAAGAAAAAACCAGAUGAAGAAAUCAAACAAGUAGAGGAAGAGAAAGCCAAGCAGAUUUGUACGAGCUGGAAAGAAGAUUCGGAGUGGCAGGCAUCUUUGCGAAAAUCCAAAGCAGCGGAUGAGAAGAGACGCUCCCUGGCUAAACAAGCGAGGGAAGACUACAAGAGGUUAUCCCAGAGGGGAAGAAGCGGUGAGGGGCUGCAGAGUGGUCCCCAGAAGCCCCGAAGACCGCCCCUUCCACCCAAGCCCCAGUUUCUACCCCCGGCAGGGUGCCCACAGAAGCUACCUGGAAAUCCGGGAGUGACCAGGAUGGUUCCCACCUCUGCCCAGGCAGACAUCAUCCGAUGGUUCAAAGAGGAGCAGCUCCCUCUCCGAGCUGGCUUCCAGAAGAGCUCUGACACGAUUGCCCCCUGGUUCCAUGGAAUUCUCACCCUAAAGAGAGCAAAUGAACUCCUGAGCACAGGCGUGCCGGGCAGUUUCUUGGUCCGAGUCAGCGAGAGGAUGAAGGGCUAUGCUUUAUCCCACCUGUCAGAGGAGGGCUGCAAGCAUUUCCUCAUCGAUGCCUCUGCCGACUCCUACAGCUUCCUCGGUGUGGACCAGCUGCAGCAUGCCACCCUGGCUGAUUUGGUGGAAUAUCACAAGGAGGAACCCAUCACCUCCCUGGGGAAGGAGCUCCUGCUCUAUCCCUGCGGGCAGCAGCAGGGUGAGCCACCAGAUUAUCUGGAACUCUUUGAGUGACAGCCUUUGUUCAGGCCAUUCUAACCCUCCAGCUGGACAAGACACUACGGAAACAGACAUUCAUGUAGGAAGCCAAAAUCACCCU